UAAAAUAAUGCUUUAUAUUUAAAGUUUUUUAUUAAAAAAUUUGCAGUUACAUUUAAGAGCUCAAAGUAAGCUGUUGUUAAGUUUUUUUUUAAGUUUAAAGAAAUGUACGGAAAAGUUAUAAUUUCUACGCUAUUAUUGGCUUUUAUGGCCUACCAAAUAGUGCAAGCCAAAGAUACUUCUCUAAUACCACCGCGUUCUGGUGACAAACAUUUAAAAAAUACUAUUGUUUGUCAAACCUGUUAUGAUGUCAAACAAUGUAAAUCUCCUCAAACAUUGAUUUGUGAUCAAAACUCAGCAAAUCUAAUUAAUCAUAUGCUGGUCAUGAACUUCAUGAAUGUAGUAAAUAUUACUGGUCAAGAAUUUGAAUGUUUAAAAACUACAUAUUCAUAUAAAAAUUCCACAGUAAUUGACAUAAGAGGCUGUAUUAAUGUUGGUGUUAAUGCCUGUGGUUUAGUUGCCAAAAAUACUACCUUGCAAAAGAACAAUUGUAAAACUUGCAAAAAGGAUUUAUGCAACCCAGCUGGAACAUUCUCCUCCAGCUCUUUUGCUAUGAUGUUGUCUUCCAUCUUUGUGUUAGUUUCUUUAAAGUCUUUACAUUUUUAAGUUAAACAAUUAAUAAAGAUUUUUGAAUAAAUUUUCAAGCAAAAUUUUAGUGUAAA